AUGAGAGCGCUGUCCAGCAGCAGCAGCAGCAGCCCUCGGAAGCCCCUAUGGCGCGCGCGCGCAUGUCCCGCGCGUAUUUUCCGGAUCGGGCUUUCCAGUAAACCCAGCGCAACUUUCUGGGGCUGCCCCUCUGAGCGCAUCGGGUUCUCAAUCCGGAAUUCCACCCACCAACCCACCCCGAAUAAGGUGCGGCGAGUUACAACAGGUCCGCGCUGUGUAAUACUGUACUUGAAACGGUUCUGCUCCCUUAGUUACUGCCCCGAAAACAUCUGGUCACAAAUGGACUGGAUCAAAGGGAGCUGGGCAUGUUGUGGGAGGGGAGGGGAGGGGCCCUCCCCCGCAUCAUGUGGACCGCUUCUCUGCAGUCCCCAUGCGCACGGCGUUUCCACGGGUCGAAUCCCAGUCCGGAGUCCCUAGAAGCGCUUCAGGAAGCGUGUGCGUCGGUUGGUGGCGAACCUUGUCUGGGUCCUGAGUUGCAGGCGCUCUCUCUCUCUCUCUCUCUCUCUCUGUGUGUGUGUGUGUGUUUGGUGAUGGAAAGUGGGUUAAGCGCACGAGCGAUUGGUUGGUAUCUGUAACAUCAAGAUUCAUUUGACGCAGGGGACUGAAAAGAAAUCCUCGGGGAGGAACUGGUAAGUGGGCUAAAAAAGAGUGCAUCUGGGCACGUGCAGAGCGCCCCUGCCGUGCACCCUCCCUUUAGGGAAUAUUUCCAUCAGAAUGCAGGCCAGGCAUCCAGUUCCGCUGCUGAAGCAUCGGCGCCUCUCCAUUUCCAACGCAGCCCUGUCCAACUGUAGAUCAGGGCUGCUUCUUUCACUACGUCCCGGCAGUCCACUGCGCCGUCGUCAGUCAAGGGGUUCUUUUGCACGCGAGAACCGCGUAUGGUGCAGGCAGACUAACGCUUAGGCAGCCCCUCGAGGUGUAAGCAAGCCCCGUUGCCCUCCUUCGCAGCAGCAGCCCCUCCCCUUCCGCGCCUCCAAGAGCCGUCGAGCAAGUCGAAAUUCAACAGGGGUCCCCCCUCCCCUCCCUCGCUCCCUAUUGAAUUUUCUCGCGUGACGCGGGCGCAACUCCUGAGCGCCGGACUCUUGUCCCCGCGCGUAGCCAAUAGUCCAGCUGCAACCAGAGCAGCAGAGGCGUCUUUGGCAGCUAGGGGUCAGGCCAUCCCCGACUUGGUCGCGCAACUCCGGCGUCCGGCUCCGUGCACUGGCUGGCCGUUGCUAGGCCGGGUCCGGCCGCUGCGCCGCGCGCGGCCGCUUGUGGGCAGGAGCCGUCGGUGCCAGCAGUCAAGAUGGUGCCUGGCUGGGGCUUCGCAGGGGAGGAGAGCAGGGGGCGGCCCCGACGCGCCUCGCCAGCCGUGGCAACGUCAGGCAGCCGCUGGUGAUUUGCUAGCCGCGCCGCCGAGCGCAGCUAGAGAGCCUGAGAGCGGGCGCUGCGAACUCGCCUGACGCGCCGGCGAUGCUGUUCCUCCGGCCGCCGCCGCUCCUCCGCCACUGCCGCCUCCUCCUCCUGCCUCCGCCGCCGCUGCUUCUUUAGCAGCCCGCAAGAGUUCCGCGGUGCAGAGCCCGGUAAGUCUCCGCGAGCGGGACCGAGCCAAAAACUUGCUGCUUGGGCUGGCGUGCGCAAUUACGCACGGGGCAAGCGACGGCCCCGGAGGGCUCCUGCGCAAAACUUGGAGCGGGGGAGAGAAAAAGUGCCCCAAGGAAGGGUCUUUUUUUGUUGUGGUGGUUGAUGGCGUUUUUCUUCUUCUUCCUCCUUCCCUCCCAUUCUUUGGAGAGGGGAACAUAGGGGGGAGGGUUGUCAGUUCGGGACACUUCGCAGAGCACCUGGGGAGCGCGCGGCAAGUUUUUCGGGGCAUUUAUUCUUUUUCUUGGGGAGCGGAGUGGCGUGCGAGCGCAGGACAGUGGCCGAAGUCGUGGAGCGUGUGAGCCUGGCUGGACUACGGCACGCGAAGAAGCAGCAUUUGCGCGCCCGGGGACAAUAGAUAUAAAAUAAAUUAUUUUUUUUAAAGGCCGAGAAGGAAGGAAAAAAGGAUAAAAAAGGCAACGAAAUCCCUUAUGUCAAUAAAAUAAUCUUUUGAUGUUAGAAAGCACAAGGAGAUUGUGGGCUGUGCGCUCCUACGCAGUUGCAAAGGGAACAGCAUCCCGUGCAAGAGAGUAGAAUAUUUGGUGUUUCCUGCUGAAGUGGGGGAUACCAACUUGCUCUUCUUCGGGGGGAAGCGGGGCGGUUGCACUUUGCUCCAACCUUGCCAUUUUGGGGGAUGGUGCAAAGGUCGGGGUGCGCGGUGAGCGCCGGCAGUUGCGCGUGUUGGUUGUGAGCGGAGGCUGCCGAGGGCGUGCGCCGGCUGGGGUAUGUGAGCCCUGGGUUCCUCAUCCUCGUGCCUGGCGGAACAGGGCUCUGCUCGAGGACACGUAUUUUGGGGGCGGUCAUAUGCGUUUGCAGGGCCAUCGGAAGCAACUGUUGGUCAAAAUAGUUGGAGGUUGCUCAAAGCGAAUUAUUUGGGGAAGGUGCACAGACGAACAGGUCAGUUACCCCAACAUCAGAAUUGCACCUUGUUUUUAAAUGUGUGCGUGGUGUGGGGAUUGGGGGCCUCCGCCUGCGCGCCGCAACCGGCGCAAAGGGCGCCAGCGAACAACGAGGCUAAAACAAUACAGACCUCGGAUUUAUUUUCGGACUUUUUUUGCCUCGGGCCCCAAAGGAGUUUUGGCUUCCAAUUUGAUGGACACCCGCGGAUUCACCCCCUCCAAGCCCAAUUCAAGUGCUUGCUUGGGCAGUAUAUAUCUCCUCGAUCUCAGUUCUGAAAAAUAAAUGUACACUCUCCCGGCUUAACUGUAUUAUGAAUUGGGUUGCUUUGGGGGGGGGGGUGUUGAAGAGAAGUGCAAAGAAGACGUCUUUUUUAAAAAGCGUUUUCCCCUGUACUCAUAUUAAAUAUAUAUAGAGAGAAUGUUUUCUUCCCCCCUCCUCCUGCUUUAGUUGCAAAAUACGAGGGGAUUUCGCCUUGCUUUCUUUCCCCUGCUGGGUUAAAUCGCGGCUUCUGGACCUCAUGAAUAUCUCCUUGCCAGUAAACGCGCCCUGCUCGCUUCUCCCUUGAUGGCACAGUUCAGAUUUGCGCCACAAAGAGCCUUCUCCCGCAAAGUCAUAAAAAUACGCGCACCCCACACAAAAAAUCAAACAAAUAAGAUUACUCCCCAAUCUUCACCCUGGAUCAAUUGUGAACCGAAAGCUCCGCUUAGAAGCUCAGAUGCGGAGCGAUCCAUUCUAGCGCUGGUGCGGAUGGGAAAAAGUACUAGGGUUCGGGUACCGAGCCUGGCCAGUGGGAAGCGAGUGAGACCUGACCGGGACCUGGGGACCGAGUCCCGAGUUUCCCCCAGCUCCUGUUUCCUGGGGUUGAAUUAUUCUAGGGUGACACCCCUUUUUUUUUCAGUUCUGCACUCUGUUUGCCGUGCGGAGGCUCUGAGGAUGCUGGAACCGGGUGAGAGUUAGGAGCCCAUUGUUUCGUGGUUCGGGGCAUUAAAAGCUAAAGAGCUACCUGUGGGUGUUUGUGGGUGGGGAGAAGUCAACCCCUCACUCUCCCAGAGACUUAUGGUGGGAGUCAAGGGAGGCAGCCCUAGAAACCGGGACCCUCAGAGCCUUCCAAUAGGGGAAAUUGUUGCGUGUUGUUAUAUCAAGUGCAGUUACUGCUGCAUUGAUUCUAGAAAGUUGUGGCAAAGGGCUGAUGUUGCCUAUAAGCGUGCAGGGGGCGGGCGGGGGCAAAACCCUUUUUAGUCAUUGCAACCCUAUCGCUACCUACCUCCAAGUAGUUGGGGUUAACCUUUUAAUGCCAAAUCUGCUUUUGCAGUGUAUGCUUGUUGUGUCUGCACGCUUAGAAGCUGAUGUGUUGUGUAUAUGUGAGAGCCCGGGCAGGAGAAAGGGAUGUUAGGCAGUUUGUAUUCGCUCUAAUAAUGUAGUCUAAAGAAGAUGCUAUUCAGAAUGGACUAUUUGUCUGUUGGCUGGCUGGGUAUCAUCCUGGUCUCCUUUGGAGGAGAGCGGGCUUGGGUUUGGGGAAGUGGGGGGGGGGAGAGAGUCUCAUAUGGAUAGUAGAAUUUAGGCUCCGCAGCACUUGCUGGAGUAACCUCUGUAUGGGCUCUCACUCCUCUCGGCCCCAUGGAACUCCCCCCACUCCUCCCAGGAACAAAGGAGAGAAAAGCUGCUGACCAGGAUCCCAGCCAUUCCCCCUGGCUGCACUUUUGUCCUGGAAAAGGCUCUGUGGGGUUGUGGAAGAGGUGAUUCUGCCCAGGGCCACAGCUGAAGGCAAGGAGAAAGGAAGGGAGGAUGUCCUCCCCCACCCUCUAUCUUUUCAAGUUGUAGGCUGGGGAAUUCUUUGGGAAAGGCUACUGGGGUAGAAAUCAUGGGUUUGUUUGCUCCCAAGUUAUUGUGCCUCCCCUCACCGUCCCUCUACCAAUUUAGCUGUGUGCCCAGGGUUAACUUUGCUUUCCACCCACCCCAAGCCUUCAGUUGUCUCUGUCCAAAAGUGGCUUGUUGGAUGGAGGGGAAAGCAAAGCAGAGCAAAUAGGAGUGUUUCCCCACCCACAAUCCCACCCUUUCCUUCCUCUCUCCAAUUCACCCAUAGGAUACAGAGGCACAGGGCCCCUUUCACCUUUAGUGUCUAGUUGUCUUCUUCAUUUUUUGCAGGGGAUGAGUUCUCUGCUUGACUUCUUGGGGUUCUCCGUUCGAUCUCAUCACACUGUGUGCCACAUUCCCACCGCCUUUCCUCAAUUUCUCUCUCUCUUCUAUCCCUCCCUCCAUUUCCCUUCCUUUAUGACAGCUCCGGAUCGUGCAGUGGAAAGACUCCCUAAUGCCUAGACCCUGGGAGUGUUAUGGAUUUGACUAA